AUGCAUCUUGUGUGGUUCUCGAUUAUAUUUACCAAUGUGGAAACCGCGCGUAUAUUGGCUGUAUUUCCAACACCAUCUAUAAGCCAUCAAAUAGUUUUCCGUCCACUAACUCAAGAAUUAGUUAAACGUGGCCAUGAAGUUGUUGUUUUCACCACUGAUCCGGCAUUCUUGAAAGGACAUGCGCCUGAAAAUUUGACAGAGAUUGAUGUACAUGAUUUAUCAUAUUCUAGCUGGACUAAAUUUGUUAACAUGGUUGAUAUGUCAGGAAAUAACCGAUUUGAUAAAUUAAAAAUCGGUUUUGAUGUGUUAUUGAAAGUAUUCAAGGAGCAAAUGAAAACGAAGGAAAGUCAAGAAAUAAUAUUCGCAAAAAACGCACAUUUCGACUUAUUAUUAGUAGAGGCAUGUGCAAGAGCAACUUUAGGGUUGUCUCAUUUAUUCAAAGUUCCAGUUAUUCAAGUGAGUUCAUUAGGUGAUAUAGUAAAUAAUUACGAAAUUGUUGGAGCACAAUCUCAUCCAUUUUUAUACCCAACAUUAUUAAGGGAUCGAUUAUACAAUUUGACGAUGUGGGAGAAGGUGACUCAGCUUUACAUUGCAAUCAAAUUUUAUCAUUUAAUACAUUCUCAAGAAACAAGUGAAAACACAGUUAUAAGAGAUAUAUUUGGACCGCAUACCCCACCUUUAAAUGAAUUGUAUAAUAAUGUGGAAAUGUUGUUUUUGAAUAUACAUCCUAUUUGGGAUAAUAACCGCCCAGUUCCGCCAAAUGUUAUAUUCAUGGGUGGUUUACAUGUAAAUCCCGAAAAAGCAUUACCUAAGGAUCUUAAAUUCUACCUAGAUUCUUCUAAAAAUGGUGUAAUUUACCUUAGUUUUGGAACAAACAUACAACCUUCUCUUUUACCAACUGAAAAAAUUAAAUUAUUUCUUAACGUGUUCUCUAGAUUACCAUAUGACGUUCUAUGGAAAUGGGAUCUUAAUGAGCUACCGGGUCGUUCAAAUAAUAUAAAAAUUUCGAAGUGGCUACCGCAAUAUGAUUUAUUAAGGCAUCCAAAAUUAAAACUAUUUAUUACACAAGGCGGACUACAAUCCACUGAUGAAGCUAUUAAGGCUGGUGUUCCACUCAUUGGUAUACCAAUGCUAGGUGAUCAAUGGUACAAUGUUGAGAAAUACAUAUAUCACAAAAUCGGACUAAGGCUUGAUAUGCACACACUGGAUGAAAAACAAUUGGAAGUUGCUAUAACUACCAUUCUUAAUGAUGAAAGUUAUCGCCGGAAUGUAGAACAUUUACGUAAAAUAAUGGCUGACCAGCCUCAGCGACCUUUGGAUCGCGCUGUUUGGUGGACGGAAUAUGUGCUGCGCUAUGGUGGUGCCCGUCAUCUACGAGCUCCGACAGCUAAUAUAAAAUGGAUUCAUUAUUUAGAAUUAGAACUUAUGUGCUUUUUGGUGACAAUAUUAUUAAUAAUGCUGACGGUGUUUUACAUUUUAAUUAAAAUUGUAAUAAUGAAAUUAUUAACUAAAAAAAUAUGCAUUAAAGUAAAAGAAAGUUAA